UUUCUCUUCAACUGCAUCCUGUCUUUAUAUUCCCUCGCCCCUUCAAUGGACAUCAAUGCUCUGUUCAAACGUCUUCGUGAAAAGUUUGGCGAUAGCGCUGUGUAUGCCAGACAGUUAGACGUCAUGCGCACGAUAAUGGAAAGGCGUAUGGUCGCAAUGAGCGGUGCUAUCAGGGCCAAGCCGAACUGGACCGUCAAGAUGCAGGACGACAAGAUUCGCCAGAAGUGGACUGCUGAGGCCAAGAACCAGGGUCUGACCGAUCUGGAAAUAAAAUAUGUUCUGGAAGAGCUCGACUACUACGCCAAGCUGCGCGAUCCAGAGACCGGUAUCGAGGUCAGCGGCGUCGACAUGGUCUGGGCUUCUGACUCCCUUAUCAACGACGCCCUAGCACAAGAGCUGCGUGAAUAUGCGUCUAUCCUGGAAGAUAUUCCCGAGAAACUGAAGGACUGGCACCCGAACACGAACAAGCAGGUGCUGAACCUCAUCCACCCGUCGCUGUACCCGCUUUUCUACGACGGUUCUUUCCUGUGCCAGCCCAUCGCUUCGCCAGUUGCUGCCCUGGAACCGCCGACUAUCAAGUGUCGGCCGUGCGGUGUUUAUGGGUGGCGCAAGGAAACGGCAGACUCAGACAUGGGUAACGUUCCAGAUGACAGCGGUUAUUUGUCGAGGCAGUACUGCUGGCUCCCCAGUGAGUUCCAUGUUCGCGACGAUGGCUCGGUCGAAAUCGAGUCAUAUAUCAACAAUCUCCAUCCUGUGAGGCAUGCGAGGCUGUAUCCGACUAUCGCAAACGUCUUUGCGCGCUUCGUGCCCAUGUUUGAGAACGUGGUCACGGAUCUUGCGUUUAUGCGUGGUUACCGCGUUGUACCUGAUCCAUUGAACUGGUUCUCCGAUGCAGGCAACCCGUAUGAUUCAGAAAAUGACGAUGGUGAUUCAGAAAACAUUGAUGCAGCCGCGUUUGACAUCAAGUACGAAAGGUGGCUUGAAACCAGAGAGUUCAUUCCGCCCCCUCCAAAGGAUUUCGCGAUGCCAGACCGUCCUAUUCCUGCCUUCAGCUUCCGCGGUCGUCGCCUUCAGGCGAUUGUCAAGAUGUCGAACAUCAUACUGACUCCAGACAAGCCAGAGUACGAGGGAGGCAGCUGGCAUGUCGAGGCCAUGGCCAACGAGCGCAUCAUUGCCACGGGAAUCUACUACUACGACGUUGAUAAUAUCACAGAGAGCAGGCUCAAUUUCCGCCAGUCGGUUGACACCUACUUGGACUGUGAGGAAGGUGAUGCGCGUGGUAUAAGGCUUGCGUAUGGUAUUGAGCUGGAUGAAGAUCGUACGGCCACACUUUCCCAAGAGCUUGGUGGCGUUGAAGCACUUAAUGGCCGCUGCAUCUGUUUCCCAAACACCUACCAGCAUCAGGUCUCUGGCUUCAAGCUCAAGGAUCCGUCAAAGCCCGGCCACCGCAAGAUCCUUGCCUUCUUCCUCAUCGAUCCGUCCAUGAGAAUUCCAUCGACUAAGGUUGUUCCCCCGCAGCAGCAGGACUGGUGGGCUGAGAAGGUGUUUGAGCUCCCGUUGUUUGGUGACCUGCCUCUUACUAUCAAGGAUUGUUUGGUCGAGCAUAUUGAGUGGCCCAUGUCGCUUGAGAUGGCCAAGGAAGAGCGUCUGAAGCUGAUGGAGGAGCGCACAGCAAAAAACGAGGAUGUAUCUUCGUCGCAUUUUGAGCAAGAGUUCAACCUGUGCGAGUAUUAGUGUGUCUGCAGCUCGA